CUUGCUGCAAAACACCAGGCCAGGAGUGGCUGAGAAAUGGCUAGCUGUAGCGAGAGCUGUAGUCCUUCUGUGUCUCUUCAAACUCUCAGUAUUAAUGAUCUAGAUGGUGUCUUACAGCUUCUUAAGGAUUGUGACUUCUCUGACAAAGAAUGGAUGACCCUUGGCCUCAAGCUUGGCUUAACCAAAAGUACAUUGGACAGCAUUGAAGCAAAUCACUCUAAGGAUGUUCACCGUUGUUUAAUGGAAUGCCUGUCCAAGUGGCUCCAAAAAGCUGAUGAGGCUGUUAGUCCUACUUACAAUUCACUGUUAACUGCAGCUCAUUUCUUGGCGGAGGCCACAGCUGAGAAAAUGAAAGUGAAAAUAGAUCAAAAGGAUAUAAAUCGUGCCCUGACCAUUUUUGAUAAGUAUUAUUCAAAGCUACUACAGUCAUUGUCUGAUCCUGAAACUAUGGCUUAUAAGCUGCACAAGGAAGGUGUGUUUGAACAGGAAGUACUGGAAAGGAUCGAAUCAGAGAGUUCCUCUAUCUCUAAGCAACGGGAAAUUUUGUUGGAUUCUCUUAAAGAAAAAAUGGCAGCACAGUAUACUUGCCUUGAAACUUUCAUCACUUUGUUGUGCAAGUUGACCAAUGAUGCCAAAGAAGGCCUAGCCAUGAAGAAAGACUAUGAAGAGUUCAAGUCAAAUGGGGAAAUUCAGUCAGAGAGGCAACUUGAAGAAAGCCAAGGCUUACAGAAUGACAGUGCAGAAGGUUCUGUGUUUUAUACUGGAGUUUUGUAUUAUCAACAAAAGGAAGCUGGUCGCUGGGAAGCAACACUAGCUGUUGGCAAAGAUGCUAUCACACUAGCACAAUACAUUAAAAGUACAACUUCACUUGCUGAACAAGAGAGUUUGAUAUCUUUUAAGUUUAAGGAGCCUAAUGGCACACUUCAAUUGACUAUGCCUACUGUAGGAAGAGUUCCGUGUGAGUAUGGAUGGAAAGUAAACCCAAAACAAGAACCAAUGAAAAUAAUUCAGAGUGUUGUUGACAAUACUUUAAUAAGUAGUUGUAGUAUGUCAGUUCAUGCUAAACCAGAUGUUGCUACUGAACCAAUUCAUCAUCCAGUUAAAUUACUUGGAAUAGAGCCUGAAACUACUAUUUACAUUAGCAGACAACCUCCUUCUCCAGCAAAGGAAAAAGUUACUAGAUCAAAUGCAUCAAUUUUAGAUGAAAAUAGAUAUGUAUCAGGUGUAUCAAGCAGCAUAGCUUGCGAUAUGAUACGCAAAUCAUCUGAUGAUAUAAAGAAAAAUCUUAAGUUGACUCCAUCAUUUAUACAGAGUCUGAUUGAGAGAGAAGUAAUUAAGGAAGGUCAUAAAGAUAUUUUGAAUGGGAGCUUUCAUUUAACUGAUGAUCAAAGAAUGGAUUUGUUUAUUAUUUUCGUUUGUGAUGCCAUUAAUGAUGAUGACGAUAAUUUUCUUUUCUUCUUGGAAGCAAUAAGAGAGCAGAAUUCUAGAACAGCUGAUAAAGUAGCAGAUGAUUUAAAGGAGUGUCAUGAUGAUAACUACAGAUUUGAAAAUUCUAAUGAAUUUGAUUCUAAUGGUCAGUAUUUAUAUGAUUAUAUCAAUUAUGGUCCUUGAUACUGAUUUAAUGUAC